AUGGGGAUUUUCACCGAGAAACCAACAACAGUGGGAAUGUUGUUGUGUACGCUGAUGAUGAUCGAGUUAGGUGCAAGGGUCGUGAUGGUUACAGGAAAACAGUACAAGGUUGGUGAUUCUGCUGGUUGGACUACAAAACCCAACUCCACUUACUUGAGUUGGGCAUCUUCCAAGAACUUUCGUGUGGAAGACGUUCUUUGGUUCGAGUACAACGCCACCAUAGACAAUGUGAUACGAGUGAGUCUCUCCGAUUUCCGGUCAUGCAACACAUCGGCUCCGAUCAAAACAUUCAACUCUGGCAAUGACUCGUUCACCAUCAAGGCACCUGGACACUACUACUUCACUAGCGGUUUUUCCGGUCACUGCAAGGCUGGUCAAAAACUCGAUGUCAGAGUCCUUAAAACGUCUCAAAACGCCACCCAACCAUCGGGCCGAACCCCAAGUCCCAGCCCCUCUGAUCUAGUAUCUUCGUCACCCUUGGAAUCAAAGGAAACAGCACCAAGUCCAACGGAAAACUCAGCGACAUCGACACAUGAUCCGAUGUGGUUGCUUAUGACUAUUGGUGUGGCCUUCAAUGGUAUUUUAGUUCUGGUUCAUGGUUGUGUUUAG